AUGCCCGUUGCCCACAACCCAACGUCCAGAGCGAAGAGUACGAGGGAAGCAAGGUUAGCCACAGACUCUGCGAUGGAGGGUACCUUUACCUUGGGGAAGGACUUGGAUGUCUGUUCCGACGAUAAAUUAAGCCUGUUAAGGAGCUGCGGCAACAUCAUCCGGUUCUGGUUUAAUCGCCGAAUUCGCCUUCACGGUGGCGAGCUCAGUCCUCGUGGUCGUCGGGAUUUCGACGUCUUCCCUUCGAACGACUGGGACCCACAUACUAGCACGGUGGUCUGA